GAGAGUAAAAGAGAAAGAUCCCCGCAAUUUGCGAUACUCGAUUUUUGCGGUAGGCCCCCAGUAAUACGAGCAAGUCGUCCGUUCGUGCAAAAACAACUUUAGAAAAUUGGCUAGUUUAUGGUUAUGAGUGACAUUUGUAUUGUUAUACUCUAUGGUACUUUGCUACAUCUAUGUUUGCUUGUGUGCUGAUUAUUCCGCGAAUUUAUGUUUGUGUUGGAUUUGUAGAUUUUGUUGGUGAUUGAUUGUGAUUCCUGUGAUGUGAUUGUCGGGCAUUUCGUUCAACCUCUGUUAAAAUAUUUGUUUGGAUUUCCCUGACCAAGAUGUAACGAUAAUUAUUGUGUAAACUGUGUCCGUCGGCCUAAGUUUAUUGGUCAUGAGUUGCACUAACGUUAGGAAAUGGAGUAGGAAAAAAACUAUGAAGCCUGAAAAGUCAUCACGAUGUGGUCCGCUUACGCCCGGUCUAUUGUUCGCCACUCCUAUCUGUUUCUAUUUUUAAGUAGUGUGAUUUCUACUAUCCUUACGGUAAUCCCGUUAGUAUGCCAUAAACUACCAUCAUUCUCCGACCCUCUCACAGGGUUCGAGACUCGCGGAACAACGUUAGCCCACCGUUUCAUCGCGUGGGAAAACCUCAACGACGAGACACGGCCGUCCCGGCGGCUUGCCGUCGACCCUCAAGAAAUUGAAGAUCAACUUCGCAUAAAUUUCACCUAUUAUAACAGAACAUCCCAUAGUAAACAACAAACAAAGAGAGAUCCCUCUAAGAAGAAACUUCGGAAAAGAAAAGAAAUAUCCAACAACACGAGCACUACAAAAAUUAGGUAUAAUUCACCUGAAUCCAAUUUCUCUUCUUCUGACCAUGUGCACUGGGGAUAUGGAAAUGUAACUUUUGAAGGGGAAAAUGAUAUUUUCUUGAGGGAGCAUGUACGAAAACAAUGGGUUUCGCUCAAGAAUAUGCAGCGUGAGCCUGAUACACAAAUCCACCGAAACUAUGCUUUUGGAAGCUGUGGAGCACCUCUAUCAAAUUAUGCACAUUUUGUAAUAGAAAGCACUGAUAAUUCAUCCUUACUCACAUUUGAAAAUAUUAAAAAAAUGUGUUACUGGCAAUUGGAUCUUGUGGAACUAGGAGCUUUGGAAUAUUUCAAUUUGUGUCAAAGGCCCUUCAAUGCUGAAGACCUCUGCUGUCCGGUAUGGAGUGUUCCAAACUAUAUAGCCUUAAUCUCUGGUAAACAAUCAUGUGAGAAUUUAACUAAAGAAGAUGUUGACAAAACUUCUGUGAUUUUAGAAAGAUGUGCAGUCUACUUUCAUAACUUUUCCUUGAUGGCUUCUUGUGAGUUUGACCGAUGUAAGGUACCAAAAUAUUGUUCCCAGUAUGAUGCAAUAUACAACAUGUUGUUCUACUUAAUCGAUUCUAAUGCAUUUGCUCCGCCUGAACUUUCUCAAAGUUUUGUAAAAAAUGUAAUGGUCUUCUUACCACUGCCAAGUAGUAGCACAGUAUUGCCAUACUAUAAAAAAUUACAAAGUUCAAAUAUGUCUUAUGAUAACCUUUUUAUACCUGCAAUGGAUUUUGGGCUCAAGAAUGCACUAUUUGACAUAUGGGUUAUUGAAGACACUUGGUUGGUUGGCUUAGGGGCUGUGUUUGUGUUUUUAUGUGUUUGGAUUUACACAAAGUCUGUAAUGUUGACAGUUAUGUUAUUUACAGCUAUUACAUAUUCUCUUGGAGUAUCAUACUUCUUGUAUGUAUAUGUGUUCAAUUUAGAAUUUUUCCCAUUUAUGAAUUUAUUAGUAAUAGUUGUUGUGAUAGGUAUUGGAGCUGAUGAUGCAUUCCUUUAUGUUAAGGUGUGGAAAAUGGUCAGUAAACAACUUAUCAGAGAUAAUGUGGCUAGUCGGGAUAGUGGCUUAGGGGAUAUGGGGGAUAUAAAGAAUGUCUCAAGUGCAGGUGAGACUAUACUUGUGCAAAUACUUGAGGAAACUCUUAAACAUUCUGUUGUGACAAUGUUCAUAACAACCUUGACGACUGCUGUAGCAUUUUACGCAUCUUACGUAAGUUACAUACCUGCUAUUAACUGCUUCAGCAUAUUUGCUGGAACAGCUGUUCUAGUCAACUUUUUACUAAUGAUAACCUGGUUACCUGUAUCAGUAUUUAUAUUGGAUGUUAAGUUGUGCCAAACUAAUAUAAAAUUUUUAGACGUGCUGAAAAACUCCAUUAAUGAGAUUUGGGAUGACGCUAGAAUAGUGUUGAAUAGAUUUAUUAUCACAUGUGUAACAAAGUUCCACAUAGUUUUUGUAUUGGGAUUGGGUGGUCUAGGAAUUUACAGCAUUGUUGUAGUGUUUUACACGCCAGGUCUUCAACUUCCUGACUCUAGGCAGUUCCAACUAUUUCAAACAUUGCAUCCGUUUGAACAGUAUGAUUUGAGGUACAGUGACAAGUUCCUUUUUGAAAGACUUGGUAAGGAUAUAGGAACUGGCAGUAAUAUGCCUCUCAGAUGGAUAUGGGGCGUAAAAGCCAUUGAUAAUGGCAACCAUAUGGAUCCCAAUUCUAAAGGCAAUUUAAUUUUUGAUGAUACUUUUUCGAUAUCAGAGCCAAAGUCGCAAAUUUGGUUACUAGAGUUUUGUACAAGAAUCAAAGCCCAGCCGUUUUAUCAACAUACGCAGGGCUUCCUUCUUCCAAACUGCUUUAUUGAGAACUUUAAGAAUAUAUUUAUGAAUAGGCGAUGUUAUGAUAGUACAGAAAAAAUUGAUAGGAAGCCUUGUUGUGAAGUGUCCCGUUUCCCCUACAAGAAGAAAGUAUUUGAACGUUGCAUCAUACUAGCCACUGAGUCAUUAUACCAGACCUCUCGAGAAUUGUUCAUGCCUGGUGUGGCUGGCCCAAAAUUUCUCCGAAGUGCCAGACCCCCGAAAAUAGCGUCUAUUGUCGUUGAUUUUGAAAGUGUGGUGCCAUAUUCUAUGUCGUAUUUAGCAAUGAACAAAUUCUUUUCGCAUGUUGAGAACUGGACAGAAAAUGAGUUGAAAUCGGCUCCUCGGGGUAUGAAGGGUGGUUGGUUUAUAUCCGAUUUACAAUUUUUUGAUCUCCAACGCACUUUGGCCAGCGGCACAGUGAUGGCACUGUUGAUAUCAGCUGGUUUAGGUUUUGUAGUACUGAUUCCAGCAACUUUAAGUUUCGUUGUAAGUGUGUGUGCAUUAGCAGCAAUGGUAUUUUCUUCUACUGUUACAAUAGCUAUUCUAGUACUCAGCGGGUGGAAAUUAAAUAUUUUGGAGAGUGUUGCGAUAUCGACCUCGGCAGGACUUGCUGUAGACUUCAGUCUCCACUAUGCCCUCAGUUAUACUAACGCUAACGGCGUGAAAACAUCAAGGGUUAAAACUGCGUUGUCUACAUCAGCUGGACCAACUGCAGCCGCUGCACUCACUACGGGAUUCGCAGGAAUAUUUUUGCUGAGAUCGAAUUUGCUACCUUACUCUCAAAUCGGAUGCUUUUUAGCUUUGAUUAUGUCUGUUAGUUGGUUAUAUGCAACGUUCUUUCUGUGUUCUUUAUUCUGUAUAGUCGGUCGUAAUUCGUCUAAGGAAUUCCCAUCUGAAGAUAGAAAAACAGUUUCUCGAGUAAGUUCGAUAUGUUCGGGGAUUCCAAAUUUGGAGAGCCACGAACUGGAGCAUUUGGCGGAUAGUAAUCGUACAAAUCUCACACAUUCACACAGUCCUUCCAGUUGGAGCGCUACCACCGUCGUGUUACAUGACGACUGUGACAACGCUCACAGUAAAGUUGACAAAAAAAUUUGUAUUACGGCUAAUCUAGCUUGUGACAAUGACUGAAUGUACUUAUCUAAACAUAAGUAACUAAGUACUUACUGGCAACUCUUGAGAGUAUUUUUUUACAAUUAUAGUAUAAAUACCUGUUAAUCUAAAUAAGAGUAAAUUUGUAUUUAAAUAAGAUAAAUAUUGAAAUCUAUAAAAGGCCUCUGUGUUAUGACAUUAAUUAUUCUGGGGGCAUUUCCUGGUUACUUAUAUCGGAUGCCUUCUCCUAGUUGUCGGUGACAUCAAUCAUUCGGAUUCUUGUUCAUAUUUAUACAGUGACGUGACCGAUCAUAAAAAGGAAACAUGGGUACCUCUUUUAAUAUUACACAUGAUAAGAUUGAUAAGUCAUUUCUCCAAAUCUUUACUUGAUUCAGACCGAGGCUACUUAUAUAUUAAACUACUACGUUCAAAAAGAAGUCGAAGAUGUGUUUUGAAAUAAGUCAAAGAAAAGUAGGCAUAGGUAGUUUAUUUAAUAUUUUAUGUUAUUUUGAUAUUGAAGUAAGGUACGAAUGUUAUGACGGUACACGCACCACGUCUCAGAAGAGUAUAAAAGGUUUGGCAGCACGAUCGCCAUGUAUACAGAAAUUUUGGUGGCCAGGGGGUCUACCGCGAAAACCGAAAUUCGCCAAUUGCGGGGAUCUUUCUCUUUUACUCUUACUAAGACGUAAUUAGAGUGACAGAGAAAAAUGCCCGCAAUUGACGAACUUCGAUUUUCGCGGUAGGCCCUCAGUUUUAGAUCGUGCGAGCAGAAGUAUUUCCAUAUUCUCGUUAACUUUACUAAACCGAUAAAACGAGGGAAUACGCUUAAUAACCAGACACAAUGCCACUUUGCAAUUAAAAUUGCUACUUAGGCUAAUAUAUUUAGUCUAAUUAAUUAAUGUAUACUUUUUGUUUUACAAUUUCUAUUUUAGUUUUGCUACCAAAUUUUUUGAUAAGUAUGUACUGAUACUGAUUCUUUGUUUAGCAUAACUGAUAGUUUUAUCUCUUGGGAUUUUGUUGAUUCUUAACACAUUCACUGCCAGGAACCCACCUGGUGGGCGCUCGUGAACUUUGACAGCCGGACAACACGCUGGGCGGGUUGUUUUGUUCGCAGCUACAGACCACCGGUUUCUGGGGUAGUGCGCCGUUUUUUGUCUGGCAGUGAAUGUGUCUAUUGACAGUAAUAUCAUUUACCACUGUAAUACAUGCUAGGUAUGUAAAUAUUGUACACUAUCGAAAUGCAAGACGUACUAAUGAUUAUUGUGACAAUAAUUAUCACAUAAAUAAUUCAUAUACGAUAAUAUAAAAAUAAAAUGAGCUUAGCUUGAACGUUUUAUUAUGUUGCUUCGUAAAAUUGUUUUAAUUAUGUUAACCUAUGAUGACUGUACACCAAGUUAACAUGUUUUAUCUAUGUUUUAGGUACCUAGUUGGAAGAUAUCCAGGGUUCUGUCUUUGUUAUGACAAUACAUUUAAUUUUCUUUGCCUAUUAAAUUCAAAUUAAAAUUCUCAACCCGCUUGUGCGAAAACCUAGUUUAUUUAACGAUGAUUUGAUCAAAUGGAUUUACUAAUUAAUAUACUUACCUAAUCGUAUAAUAUAAACCAAUCCAAUAGCUUGAUUUAUUUCACCCAUCGACUAUUAUGUUCACUCCAGUUAUUUUGUUAUUAAUAAUCAUAAAAUUACCUGUUUAUUUGGUUUGUUAUUUUUGCAAACUUUUCUCAUUACGCACGAAUAGUCGCGCAAUUAAAUAUUUCAGUAGGUUCUUAUCCGCUCGUAAUUCAUCACAAAUACUUUAAUUGUAAUACGUGUCAAUUUGUAUUAACAAGAAAUUAUUACUCAUCGAAUAUUUCUCAUAUUUUUGUCAGAAUUAUAUUUUAUAAAUUUACAGUUUUCUUAGAAAAUUGAUGUUAGAGCUAUGUAAAUGUUAGUUAAGUAUAUCAAAAAUAAAUAAAUGUACUUUUUUACUAUAUAGAUACGAUUGCUAUGGCAUGUGUAGGAAUGUACAUUUAAUUUUAUUUAUUGAUUUAGUUAUGUAAUAAGUAAAAUAUGUUUCCUUCCAAUUGUGCACAAAAUGCAUUUAUGUAUAAUUAGAUUACGUUAAAGAAUGUCUAUUUUAGUAAAAAAUCAAAAAUUACUCUGCUGAUUACAUAGUACUGAAUAAAUGAAUCUCAGUUCCGUUAUAGCUUGUUUGUCACUGACGUGAUAUUAAAAAAAAACCUUAAAGUUCUGUCAGAUAUAAAUAUUUUACCAAAACGGUCGUUACAAUUUGAAUAUUCUAAUCUAUUGACUUGAUAAAGUUACUAUUAUAGUUUUUGAGUUUCAAAAACUCUUCCGACCUCAGAUAAUUCAACUUUCGACUUUAUUGAACUGUUUAAUUUACAAUUUAUAUUCCACUGUUUAACGAAAAAUUGUUAAAUAUAUUUUUGUUACGUACACGAUGGAAUAAAUGAACGGUAAACAAGGUGAUGGGGUCAGAGAAAUAUAUAUAUAUAUCUGCGGAUGGCAAUCGUACCAGUUUAAAUUUGUACAUAUCUUGUAGUUUCCCAUUUCGCCUCAUAUUAAUUUGCUUACCAUGCCUAAUGUUGAACCGGAUGACGGUAAAAACUAAUUAAAAACGCUCUAUUGAUGAUAGUACGUUUUAGAAUAGAAUUUCACAGUCAGUCUACGCUAAUUGUAGACGGGGCUCUCUUAAAAUUUUUUUUAGAGAAUUUGAAACCUUCACUGACAAAUUGACCAUGAGGUUAAACCCCACAAAUCAUAAAUGGUUCCAACUGUCAGGAAUCUAAGUGAUCUAAGUCUAAUGACAUGUUUUUUCUUAAACGAUGCAGCACCAUCUGCUUUAAACUUUGCGCAUUUAACCUCAUUGUUUUUAAAUCCAUUCUUGCACGAGCAUACAAAGUGAUGUGAUAAUAUUGAUAAAUAACUGUAUUUCAAUACAAUUAAUAUUAGGUAUACCUAUCAAGGUAUUAGUUUUAUUAAUUUUCCAUCGGUUCUUCCUGUAAUUUUGUUCAACCAUUUCUUAAUUUUGGGCAGUAUUCAGUUUAGUAGACUUGUUAAAUGUAAGGUUGUAGUUUAAUACUCUGUGUAUAGUUUGAUAAGAAAUGAAUGUAAAGCAUUGAAUAAAAUGUUAAUUUUUACAAGAAAUCAUA